AUGCUGCCGACGCGGCUGACAAGGCCCCAAAAUACAGACGAAUUGACAAGAACAGCCGACAAGAACGGGACGAUUUUGACCUACCACAGAUGCGACAUUUCAGAUCCCCACUCAACAAAAGCAGCGUUCAACGAGGCGGUUUCGCAUGCUCGACAUCCGCUUCGAGGCCUCGUCAACUGUGCGGGUAUUGGCACAGUCGGCCCGUCAGUCAGUUUUAAUAUGGACGAGGCAAGAAAGAUCAUUGAAGUCAACCUCUUGGGCACGAUGAUCUGCGCACAAGCAGCCGCCAGACUGAUCCAACAACAGAACCACAACUUGCCUGCCAGUUUUGUCCUUAUUGCCAGUAUGAGCGGUUACGUUGUCAACAAGGGAACACCUGUCGCAGCCUAUGCAGCAUCCAAAGCAGGUGUCCAGCAGCUCGCCCGGAAUCUAGCAUCAGAAUGGGGAGGGAACACAGAGGUAGCCUUUUGCAAUAGCACCAAGGAGGAGGAGAAACAAGCAGAAGGAUCAUCUGAUUUUCCUCCUUCCAUUAUCCGGGUCAAUACAGUCAGCCCCGGUGUCAUAAGAACUCCAAUGACUGCUGGGGUCCUUACCCAUGAGCAUCUGGAACGUCUGUGGACGGACCAGACUAUGCUGAAACGCCUGUCAGUGCCAGAGGACUAUGUUGGGCCAGUGCUGUUUCUGUUGUCAGAUGCGAGUGCUUAUGUCACGGGGGCGGAUCUGUUGGUUGAUGGUGGAUAUACACACUGGUAA